CGAAGAAGAGUGAGAGUCAGGAGACGAAGAAGAAGGAAGUGUUGUUUGAUUGUUUCCAUUUAAUGAACUGGCGACGACUUUUUGGCCUUAAAAAUACCAGCAGGACCGAGACGUAUUAACGAUGAACCUGGAACGACUGCCCAACGAGGAAAAGCUAAGUCUGUGCCGAAAAUAUUAUUUAGGUGGCUUUGCAUUUCUUCCCUUCCUAUGGCUGGUAAAUGUUGUAUGGUUUUUCAGGGAAGCCUUUCUGAAGCCAGCCUACACGGAACAGCUUCAGAUAAAGACCUAUGUUAAAAGGUCAGCGCUGGGGUUACUGUUGUGGGUAGCAGUCCUUACAACUUGGAUCAUCAUCUUCCAGCACUUCAGAGCAGAGUGGGGGGAGGUGGGAGAUUACCUCUCCUUUACAAUUCCACUGGGCAUUCCUUGAGAUGUUUUUUGAUGACAGGUCUUUUGAAAAAAUAAUCAAUGAUCCACCAAAAUGGACCAAAGAAUUUUCUUUAUUAAACUAAAGUUAAAAAAAAAAAAUGAUUUGUCUGAUUCCUGGAGCUAAAUUCAAUGGCUGAGUAAGACACUAACAGAGCAAUCCUUUAUCUUUUCAGAAGUUAAUCACGUAUGGACUUGGAAAUUUGUUUUUUUACUUGCCUUGGCAUUUGAGAAAGUGUUGGUUUUGGAGUAGGCUAAUUAAUCUUGUAAAGCAGACACUGUUAAUUGUCAUGUACAUUAUCUACUAAUGACCUGGAUGUGCAUUAAGGUUUGUUCAGGAUAUUGAACAAUAGAUUCAACAGUCUUUUUCCGUACUUAAAAAUGUUUAUUGUGAAUGUUUGUAUGUGAGUGUGUACCCAAAACUAUUUUUACUUCUGUAUGAAUGAUGAAUAAAAAAAUGUACUGUAUUUCC